AUAUAUACAUCGAAUAUGGCUUCUUCUGGAUCUUCGGCACACAUAUCUGUCUCCGGUUCGGACGAGGAUCAACUAAGGCAGAAAAAGAGGAAGAUCUCAAAUCGUGAAUCAGCGAAGAGAUCAAGGAUGAGGAAACAACAACAUCUGGACGAGUUAAUGGAUCAAGUGAGUCGACUCAACAAGGAGAAUGCUUGCGUGCUAACGAACUUGAACGUUACGAGGCAGAUGUGUUUGAAGGUGGAGGCGGAGAACUCGGUUUUACAAGCCCAAGUUACCGAGUUGACUCACUGGUUGAUCUCGCUAAAACGGAUUAUUGGAAAUAGUAAUAAUGAUAUGGUUGAUUUAGAUGAGCAGAUGAUGAUGAUGAUGAACGGUGAUGAUUUCUUUAAUAUGUGGAAUUGAUUUACGUGAACAUAU